AUGACCUACCACUUUUGAUCUUAAAGUGUAGUGCAAAUAUAAAUGCCUGCAAUCAGAAUGUCAGUGAAUAAAGUGAAGUUGUGUCUGAGGAACUGUGGCACUGUUGAGAGUGACCUGUCAGUUUCAAUACACAAUGUCUUAGACAUUCUUUAUGCCCUCUUCAGAAUCAUCAAAUGAUACAGAACAAAGGAGGCCAUUCAGUGCUUUGUUUCCAUGUAGCUCUUUGUUAAAGCUAGUCCCACUCACUCGCCUGUUGUAUACAACCCAGUACUUUUUGUUUGUUCUGAUGAGUGCAAGACAAAACUUCAGCAAUAUUCAAGUUCUAUACCACACCUUCAAGUGACUUUUUGUAAAUAUUGAAUCCUUAGAGGCUAAGAUAGGAGAAAUUAUGGAAAAUGAAGGGAUAGCAGAUAAGUUAAACAAAUGUAUUGUGUCAGUCUUCACAGUGGACAACAUAAGUUGUACACCAGAACUAGAAGAUAACCUAGGGUGGAAAUUUUAAUUAGUGCCACAGAGAAAACUACUGGGCAAACUCAAGUAACUUAAAGCUAGGGCCUGGCAGAAGGCUAUAACUCAUUGAAGAUAUUUCAGCAAAGGUUCUCUAGAUAGGUCCCUGAGAGGAGAAAGUUGUCUUGAGGGACUGUGUGAAUUGAUCUGUAUUCUCUGGAGUUGAGAAGGAUGAAAUCUUGUCUCAUUGAAAAUAAGAUAAUGAAGAGUUUUGACAGGAUAGGAAUGUUGCCUCCAAUUUCUGAUUUACAGACUAAAUUUCAAAGUGGCACGUUCAGUAAUGACUGACUCAUUAGUCUUAUCACCAGGAAAGCUUGCUGAAUUGUGAGCUGACCGGCAUGCUUCUUAGUCUAUUGCAGGUCUCAACUGUGGAGUCUUGCCUUCCCAGAAGGUGCUAGUCACUCAGAGCCCAGUAGCACCAGGGUCCUAAAGAUUGUCAACCAAUGUCUGGUCUUUAAGGGAGAUGGUAGUAGUUUUCUUUUGCUGGUCACAGAGAGGGAUUGGCAUUAAUGGUAAUGGAGUGUGUUUAUAGAAGCCCCCUCCCUUCCAUCUUUAUUACCAGUUGUCCCCAUAUUGGGACAAAUAGAGUCUUCUAUCUAACCCAGCAGCUCAGGUAGCCCGGGUUUCACAGUUGGGAAAACAACCAGUAUUGGUGCUAAGCGAAGCCUGUAAGUGGUUGUUAAUUGACCGCUUAAGAGCCUUAAUUAAGUUAAGAACGUAGUCCUGAACCUUCUCACCCAUAACUUAACUGGGAUGGCGCAAGUAUUUUUCUAGGGCCAACUCACUCAAUUAUUCCUUCUCACCACCUCCAAUGAGGAGUAAAUUCUGCCCCAGAAUUGUUUCCAGUGGCACAGGAAUCUAGAACACAAGCAUUUCCAGAAAAAGGGAUCAAUCAUUUAGGAGUGAGAUGAGGAAAAUUUUCUUCAUUCAAACAAUGUGACUCCUUUGAAAUCUCUGCCCCAAGAGGGUUGUGGAUGCUGCAACUUUGAAGACAUUUAAGAUGGAGUAAGGCAGAUUCCUCAUGUGUCAGGGAAUCAAGGGAUAUGGGAAGCAGUUGGGAAAGUGGAACUGAAGCCCAUGAAUGGGGAAGUUGGCUCAUUGAGUUAUAUGGGCUACUCCUGCUCCUGUUUAUUUUGUCUUUAAUACGUUCCUCAUUAGAUGUCAGUGUGCAUUCCAGUAACGAUAACUAGGUGGUAAUCAGGAGUGGGCAAGCUGACUAAGCUAUCCCCUCAGUCGUCCUCAGGCACUUAAAUUCACUUGAAACAGCCUAAAGCAUUCAACUAAGAUGAGUCAACUCAACACAGACCAAGGAUUCAACCUGUGACAUUUUUGGUCUCUGUAACUUAGCUGCACAUUGGACAGUUGAACUAUCAACUCCACCAAUAAAUAACUAUUUUAGAUCAGUGGUUAGUUUACACGGCUUUGUUUUAACACCAUCUUGAUUGUGAAAUCAGAUAUUAUAAAUAAAUGAUCUUCUAACAUUUAAACCCCUGAAGCUUUCAGCACUCUUUAUCACAACUGCUCCACAUCAAGAAGCCAGCUCAUGGUUAAUGGAGAAAGGCACAAGCCAGGACAGUGGAGUGGUGUUGUGACACUAAACAUAAACUCAAAUGAGUUGCCCCUUUUCAGGCUUUAUUAAAGGAAAUAUCUAACGAUUGUUUUCAGGGGCCCUUGGUUUUAGCAAGUGUAGAGGCAAAAGGAAUCGAUUGCUCAGCAUGUUAAAUAUCUCAUAUCUUGUAAACAUUUAUCAAGUUCAGUAAUUCUUAGCAGCAUUAAUGCUUCCUAUUGUUGUGUGACAUGAUAGAACUCUUAAAUGAAGAAUGGAUUUUUGAGCUGUAAUGAAGGAAUCAGUAGAAGAGAGAUGGAGAAUGGGAUGGGCGGAAUUGAAUUGACAUAAAAUGGCCACAUUAAGGGGAAGUCAUACCUGACAAAUUAGAAUUCUUUAAGGAAGUAGCAAUCAGGAUAGAUAAAGGAGAACGAGUUGAUGUAAUACAUUUCCAAAAGGUAUUUGACAAAGUACCAUAUGUAAGGCUACUUAAUUAGAUAAGAGCCUAUGGGGUUGCAGAUAGUACUUUAGCAUUGGUAGAGGAUUGGCUAGCUAAUAGAAGACAGAGAGCUGCGAUAAGGCAGCCAGUGUCAGAAUGGCAACCUGUAAUUAGUAGAUUGCCUCAGUAAUCAGUGCUCGUGCCACGAUUGUUUACAAUAUUUAUUAAGGAAUUGCAUGAGGAAAGUGAAUGCUCAAUAGCCAUGUUUAUGUAUAACACAAAAAUAGGUGGGAAGGGAAAUGAUGAGGAUGACACAGUGUAUAGAGGGAUGUAGACAAGCAUACAUCUCAUUGGUUGAAUGUAGAAUACUGGUUUUCGUGGGUAUGUCGAAGAGCUGGGCCAGUCCCCCUACAGCGACUGAUGGAAGAUGUGCACAGCCAGGUGAAGAAAAAAUUGAGUGUGAGAAGAUCAUUGCUGAAGACUUGAGAGCAGUUCCUCUGCAUCACUAUCCAGAGUUUGUGGAGGCCUGUGCAGACCUCAUCAAUGAAGAAUGGAAGAGGAGCAAAGCAUCUCGGAUUCAUUCACUUCAGAAAUCCUCCAAUUGCUUCCCAGUGUGCCUUGUGUUGAUAAGAACUCUGAAGAAUGCAGGUAGACCUAGGAAUGAAACCAAAGGACAACUGGUGGGUCACAGCAGGCUCUCUCAUGUAGUUGGCAAACCCACUGGCUUAUUUGUGGAGACAGUUGUUGUUGCUAAGGAAUUCCGGGGCAAAGGUUAUGGUAGAAAGUUAAUGGAAGCCACAGAAGCCUAUGCCAAACUCCGUGGGUUCAACACGCUAUAUCUCACUACUCAUGAUAAACAACAUUUCUAUUCCCAUUUGGGAUAUGUGUUAUCAAAUCCAGUUCAGAAUGCAGGGUCGAUGACCACAUUCAUGCACAUAGAAUUCCUUGAAAAGUUGUCUCUGGGUUCUACUCUGCUACCUUCAUCUAAUUCUAGUCACUUUCAACCAUCAGGGACUGUUUUAGGUUGUUCAAGUUAUGUAUCUUCAGGUACAACUUCACAUCCUACAUCUCCUAAUUCCUUAUCAGCUCAUAUAUGUUCACAGACCUCACACCCAACUCCUAAUCCUCCCCCUAUUUCACCAACUGCUCCCUCUUUACAAAUAUCUACCCCUCCAAUUUUUGCCUCUUUUCAAACAUGUAAACUCAGUCCUCCUCCACCAUCUUAUCCCAUCUCAUCUUCCCAGUCAAAUGGGUCAGUAACUUCUACAUCCACUUGUUGUCCAGGCUGUGGAGAGAAUGUAAGAAAACAUCAGGCUCCAGUGUCCUACUUGUCAACCCCUCCACAGUUAGAUGUUUCAACCUCACUGCCACCCCCGCCCCCACUGCCACCCCCUCAGUUACCCCAAUUACCUUAUCAUUCCCAUUUAUCAGGAGACAAAUGUAGACCAUAUCAGCAAAAAGGAACCACUACACAGAGCCUGUUGGAAACCCCAUAUAAAGAUGUGAAAGGACUUCCUGUCUUCUGGAUGAAGAAGGCUCUGUAACAAUAACUCUCUGUUCUACAUGCAUGAAGAAAGCUAUUUGAAGACUGUAUUUCAGUUGGCAGCAGCUGACUCAAAGACAAUCGGAAAAAACUAAAAGGAGAACCUUAAAAGCUAGUUGUUAGUAGCUUUUUUAAUUGAAUGAUUGCCUGAGUUAAUAUUUCAGAUUGAGAGCUUUGUUAUGGCUAAGUUAAUGUCAGUUCAUUAAAGAAAUGAUACAGAGAAAUACUAGCUAUUAAAAUGUGUUUUAGCGUGGCAGGUGGCAAUCUUGUAUGUUUUUUUUUCCUGGAAUGACCUGUCCAUCACACGUUAAACUAGAUCCCUGGAAAUUCAAGAUAUGCUGGCCAAAAUAUUUCAUAAAGCAAUUAAUGUAUUCAAUAACUGUUCUCAGUUGAUGAAUGUACAAAAGUAUACGGUUUAUAUGAACAAUUUUAAGUUUUCAGAGUUUUGUUUUCCUGGUUUCUUUCCUUUCACUUGUAUUUUACACCAUAUCUUUAAGUCGGAUUGGACUCACUUCAUUUUGACAAGAAUAUUCUUGAGCUAACUGAUCUGAAUUACGUGCUUGCCAUCAGGGGCAGAAGAGUUGUUUUAAGCUAAACUCCUGAAGUUUCCCUGAGCAAUCCAGGCAGCUUUCAAUUUGCCAUGAAUGUUUUGGUCUGAUAAGGUUCAACAGUAAUUAUUUACUUUUAAACAUCCACAUGAAAAUUUACAGCCCUCCAUUCAAAUCAUGUAAACCACAGGAAACAUUGUACUUUAAGCAUUUAGCACUUGACAGUGUCAUGCAUGUGCUCAUCUUUGAGAGUUCUUCAUUACAUUUUUAUCAAAAGAACAUAUUUCUGCUGUAUAGCUGGGAAAACAUGUUCUUUAACAUUUUACCUUUGUAGAAUUGAAAUGCGUAAUCCAAGUGAGGAUUCAAAAUGGUGUGACAGAUAUACACCUCAGAAGUUCCAUGUAGAUAUUGUAUUGGGGUUACUAAUGGUGAUGCUGCAGUACCAACAAUGUACUUUUCAGACUAAUGAUGCUUUUGUUGCUUUAAAUAUUUGUUCAACAAAUACCAUUUAAUUUUUUUAACAACUUCAAAAAGAAACUCAAAUAUUCAAUAACUGUUUGGAUACCCUUUUGAGCAUGUUGCAAUUUCUUGUUCAGACAACAAUAAAAUGAAUUAUUUUAAUUGA